AUGUCUCUCCAGGUCCCCUCGACCCAUCGGCCCAAGGGUCUAGGCACGACCAAGGCCGUGAUUCUGGUCGGCGGCCCGUCCAGAGGCACCCGUUUUCGCCCUCUGUCUCUUGAUCUCCCCAAACCGCUCUUCGAAGUCGCCGGCCACCCCAUCAUCUGGCACUGCCUCUCCUCCAUCGCCCGCGUCCCCCACAACCAUAUUCAAGAAGUAUACAUUAUCGGCUACUACGACGAAUCCGUCUUCCGCGAUUUCAUCAAGGACUCGGCCAAAGAGUUUCCCUCCAUCACGAUCCGGUACCUACGUGAAUACCAGGCCCUUGGCACCGCAGGCGGACUGUACCACUUCCGCGAUGCCAUCCUCAACGGGAAGCCAGAGCGGUUGUUUGUGCUCAACGCCGACGUGUGUUGCUCCUUUCCCUUGACCGAAAUGCUCAAGCUGUACAAGGAAAAGGACGCCGAGGCCGUCAUUCUCGGUACCCGCGUCAGCGACGAUGCCGCCACCAACUUCGGCUGCAUCGUAUCAGACACCCACACCCGUCGCGUGUUGCAUUAUGUCGAGAAGCCCGAGUCCCAAAUCAGCAACCUAAUAAGCUGUGGUGUGUAUCUCUUCUCCACCGAAGCAAUCUUCCCAUCUAUCAAAUCGGCCAUCAAGCGCCGCCUCGACAGGCCCGCUCGCCUCCUGUCAUACCCUUCCUCGGAUAACCUUGAAUCAUAUCAGUUCCCACCGGGCGGCGAUGAGGAUGACGAUGAGUCCAGCCGCAAAAAUGAAGUUAUUCGCCUGGAACAGGAUAUCCUAAGUGACAUAGCAGACAGCAAGCAGUUCUUUGUCUACGAGACCCAGGACUUCUGGCGCCAGAUCAAGACCGCGGGAUCUGCCGUGCCCGCCAACGCACUCUACUUGCAGCAAGCGUGGCAAUCGGAUAGCAAGGGGCUCGCCCAACCCAGUGUCAACAUUGUACCUCCCGUCUUCAUCCACCCCACCGCACAAGUUCACUCUACCGCCAAGCUCGGGCCCAACGUGAGCAUUGGACCCCGCGUAACCGUCGGUGCUGGAGCCCGCAUAAAGGAGAGCGUGGUUCUGGAGGACUCCGAAGUCAAGCAUGAUGCGUGUAUUCUAUACGCAAUUAUCGGCUGGGGCAGCAGAGUAGGCGCCUGGGCCCGUGUGGAAGGCUCACCCACGCCAUCGAGCAGCCAUUCGACAAGCAUUAUCAAGAAUGGUAUCAAGGUUGAGAGUAUUACUAUCCUCGGGAAAGACUGCCGUGUUGGGGAUGAAGUCCGUGUACAGAACUGCAUUUGUUUGCCGUACAAGGAAUUGAAGAGGGUAAGCAUCUCUUUCUGA